AGGGAGGGCGAAGCGAGGCAGGGAGAGAAAGAGAGCGCUGGGCUGUGGCUCUUGCCUGACGUUCACGAGCGAGCGACAGCAAAGUGCAGCCGGACUCUCCGCCAAGAAAGGAGAGCGAGCGAGCCAGAUCAGCACAGGAGGGAGCAGAGCAGACUAGGAGGAGCAGCUCUCCCUGUGCGCUGGGAUUUGUUAUUAAUUAUUAUUUUUACCCAAUCAUUAAUUUAUUCCCCCCGCCCCCACUCUUACCGGCUUGGAUUUUCCCUCCACUCCCCGGCCAGUUUGGAUUUUGAAAGCGGUGGAAAGAAGGAAAGGGAUCCAAUCCCCACCCCCGAUCCCUCCCAGUUGCAGGAGAACAGAACCGGGCUGAGCCAGGGAUCCAAAGCGGGGAUCAGCCCCCCUCCCCCGAAAGGAAACUCCAGCUUGGGAGCAGCCGCAGGAAACCAACCCGAAGACUGGAAAAUGCAUUGAAACUUUCGGGCAAACUUUUUUUGUGUGCGCGCGCGUGGGUUUUUCUUACCUCUCCGAGGGGAAAUCUGUUACAAAUCGGUGCCGUUUGGAGCGUGGAUUGUCCCUCCGGGGGUCGGAUCGGAACCGGGCCGGACGGAGGAGGCUGAGCUUUGUGCAGGGAACAAGAGAGAGGGAGAGAGAGAGAGGGAAAAAAAGGGGGGGUGUCUGUUCCUUUGGCGGUUAGAGAGCCGGGCUCAUGGAGGGGUGAAACCCGAGACUGAAGAGUUCCCCCCUGGCCGCAAGCUUUGCAGAAAUCGCCCAGGGGAGCGGCUCCAGGAGAGGGAGGACGAGGGCACGGAGGAGUAGAGAGAAAGGGAAGGAGACAGGCGGCCAGAGAGAGACAGCAAAAGCUCAGCAAGCCACCCCCCUCCCCCGACCUGCUCCAGGAAUCAUGAACUUUCUGUUCACUUGGAUCCACUGGGGGCUGGCGGCGCUGCUCUAUCUCCACAACGCCAAGUUGUCGCAGGCCGCUCCGACCCUGGGGGAUGGGGAGAGGAAACCCAAUGAAGUUAUCAGGUUCCUGGAGGUCUACGAGCGCAGCUUUUGCAGGACGAUUGAGACCCUGGUGGACAUUUUCCAGGAGUACCCCGAUGAGGUGGAGUACAUCUUCAAGCCAUCCUGCGUACCCCUGCUGAGGUGUGCAGGCUGCUGUGGUGAUGAGGGCCUAGAAUGCGUCCCCAUGGAGGUGCACAACGUCACCAUGGAGAUAAUGAGAAUUAAACCCCAUCAGAGUCAGCACAUAGUGCACAUGAGCUUCUUACAGCACAGUAAAUGUGAAUGCAGACCAAAGAAAGACGUCAAAGCUAAACAAGAAAAAAAAUCAAAGCGAGGAAAGGGGAAGGGGCAAAAGAGAAAGCGCAAGAAAAGCCGGUACAAACCGCUCAGCUUUCACUGUGAGCCUUGCUCAGAGAGGAGAAAGCACUUGUUUGUACAAGAUCCCCAGACCUGUAAAUGUUCCUGCAAAUUCACAGACUCACGUUGCAAGUCGAGGCAGCUUGAGUUAAACGAGCGCACUUGCAGAUGUGAAAAGCCGAGACGGUGAGCAGCGGAGAAGAAGGGGGAACAGCCCUGUUUCUGGAGCUUGAUUUCUCGCCUGGAUGGAAAAAGAAAGAAAGAAAAAAACAAAAACCCUAAUCCAAAUGAACCCUAAAAUGAAGGAUCGGUAGAGCACAGCACUUUCAGUACGGACGAUGGACUCCGGAAGGAACAUUCCCCGAGGCACCCGCCGCACAGGAUUCACCUUUGGGUUUUGAACUGUUUUAUUUUAUUUUUUUUUUCUUUUCAUGCUGCUAAAUAACAGAGCCAGGAAGACUAUAGGGGUGUAUUUUAUGGGAUUCCCAUACAGACCUAUAUGUAGGUAUAAAUAUAUAUACAUACAUACAUACAUCUAUAUAUGUGUAUAUAUUUUAACCACAUCUGUAUGUGUGUGUGUGUGCGCGCGUGUGUGUACGUACACACACUGAAUUUUUUUAACAUUGCUAAUGUUAUUGGUGUCUUCACUGGAUAUACUCGACUGCUGUGGACACAAGCGGGCUACUUGGGGCAUAAGAAACAAGCUGAGACUGGAAAGCGCUGGGUGUAGCCUUCUUAACUCUGACUGACUUGUGCGGCCGCCGCUGUUUCUCUGUUGCGUGGGCUGUUCCACAAACCACCUUCUCUUCCCCGUGCCGGGGAGGAGAGGAACCAGAGAGGAGGGGCAGGGGAUUCCAAAGAGCGGUGCCUUGGGGUGUUAUGGGUCAAAGGUCAAGGAAACGGAUUGGCACGCUGGGCCCUCUACGUGGUUGAGGAUUCUUUUCCCCCUCCUUCCCUCCAACCUUUGCCCCUAUUCGUCUCACGACCUGCCUUGCUGGGACACGGGAUGUCAGUGUACAUUUUGCGUUGAUUUGACUUGCUGUAGAAACUCUGCCGAGGGUAGAGUCUGGCCUUAAGGAUGGUGGGCAGCUGACGCACGAACCGUUCCCCUUGAGAAGGUAUCACAAGAAACUCGAUUUCUCACCCUGGUGGCUGCAAAACGACAGAUGGGCCUGCAGGGCGCUGAAGCAAGAAUGGGGACCCGUGCAUAGCCAGACAGCACGGUCUGCUCUCCUCAUGCACAGCGCUGCCACUGAAGAGCGUCCAAGAUGCGGAUUUCUGGAAAGGGAUAUUAAUCAAAAGUAUAUACACAGUAGGGGUGUGUGUGUGUGUGUAUGUGUGUUUGUGUGUCUGUAUAUCUAAUUAUCUGUACUUAUUAUAUAUAUAUAUAUACAGCAAAGAUUUUCAAAAGUGCCUAGUGAUUUGGGAUGCUUUCAUUGUUUGAGUGCUUCAUAUGAGAUACCCUAAGGAGGCCUGAUUUUUCCCCUUUCUCGAAACACCAGGCCCCUUUAAGGAGGCUCAGGUUGGGUACCCAUCACUUCAAAUCACUAGUCUCAUUUGAAAAUCUUGGCCAUCUCUCUCUAUAUCUGUAAUAUGCGCCAGUAUGCACACACACACACACACACACACACACCCCUGCACACCAAUGAGUGUUUGUAUGUCUAUGUGGAUAUAUAUAAUCGAGUUCUGUGAUUAAAAAAACAAUAAUCAAAA